AUGGGCACUCGUGGCGGGUGCUUUGAUAACCAAUUGAGCCCACUUGUCACGCCUGAAGAUCUACUGCAUCUACAGGGAUUGCCAGUACUUUUCAUUACUGGAACUGCAAAUGAGAUAUUUGAUCCGGAGUCAACUCUGCGAGACUACGAGAUGCUCCGACGAAGGUUCGGAGAGCAUCUUCACCGCAGAUUCCAGGUUGAAGGGUACGGACAUCUGGACACCAUUGUGGGCAAAUCAGCUGCCAAGGAUGUCUACUGGAAGGUCACUGAUCAUCUCCGAUGGUGUUUUCAACACCACGUUUCAAACCUGUGCCGCGGGUCGAAGUCCAAGCAUUCCCAUGGUACUGGGGACCAGUAUGUGCGGAGGAGCGUCGAUGGUGUCAGCGAAAGCUAUACACAGAGUACGCUCGAGGGAUUGUGGUUGCCUUGA